AUGGCACUCCAGAGGCUUGGUUUCACUAGUUCUGACAUUCUAGCUGGCAUAAAGGAAUCAAACGUGAUUAGUAUGGGAGCAACUGGGGGUAUUUACAAAGUUGAGAUGCCACAGUUAGACACGGUUGUUGCAGUUAAGAAGCUACAGAGAUCAGGGACAGACAUCGAAACAGGAAGCAGCAACAAUUUUGUUGGAGAGGUGAAUCUCUUGGGGAAUCUUAGGCAUCAACAUAUUGUUAAGUUAAGCUUUCUUCAUAAUGAUUCCGACAUGAUGGCAAGGGUUGCUGAUUUUGGGUUGGCAAGGAUGAUGUUGAGGAAGAACAAGACAGUUUCCAUGGUGGCAGGAUCAUAUGAAUACAUCCCCCUGGGCAAAGAAUUUGCUAACAGAUUACCAGAGAGAAUCUUUAAACCAUCCCAUGCUAGUUCCUCGUAUGUAGUUCAGUCAUGGCAGCCUCCUGCAGAGAAUAGAUAUAAAAUUAACAGUGAUGCUGCUAUCUUUAGCCGUGAAGAAUGGUUCUGGAGUUUAAAAUCAGAGAUCAUCAAGGACUCAACAUUCUUGCUGCUUCAAAAGAGGCUUCUAUGUCAGUUGGCUAGGGACAUGGGUCUAAGGGCAGUGGAUUUAGAGGAUGACAGUUUGAGAGUUAAACACAAUAUCAAACCACGAGCUGUGAGCUUUCUUGCUUGA